AGCAGCUCCGCGCCGAGCCCCGGGCCGCCGCCAUGCGCCUCCGCGCCGCCGCCGCCGCCCUCUGCCUCUGCCUGCUGGGCGCCUGCCGCCUUCGCCGCGGGCUGGAGGCCGCCGCCGUGCGCGGCCCGUCGGCGGCCGCUCCCCAGCGACCCUCGGCAGCCGCGCCUUCCUCCGCCUCCUCCUCCUCCGCCGCCGCCGCCUCCCCCUUCUCCUCCCCGCCGCGGAGGGACGGGGCUCUCCGCAACGGCACGGUGGUGCCGCAUCAUUACAUGGUGGCCCUGUACCAGCGCCUGGCCGCCCGGCGCGCCCCCGGCCGCCGCGCCGACACCGUGACGGGCUUCGCGGAGCGGGCGCGCAGCGAUGCCUCCCCAUCCGCCUCGGAGCAGCGGUACCUCUUUGACAUCUCCAGCCUGCCUGAGGCAGAGGAGGUGACGGGCGCGGAGCUGCGGAUCCUGCGCUCCCUCCCUGAGAACCGGAGCUUGGCCCUGUCCCCCGAAGGCACCUUCCACCACCUCCUCCUUGCCACCUGCCCCGGCCGGGACGGCGAGGAGCCCCGGCUGCUGGACUCCAGGGCCGCGGACAUUUUGGACGCGGGCUCCUCCAGAUGGGAGGUGUUUGAUGUCUGGGAGGCCUUGCGGGAUCAGAGGGAGAGGUCUCUCUCGGGAAAGCUGCUGUGCUUCCUGCUGAGGAUCGUCUCGGAUCAGUCGGGGCAGCUCCUGCCCCCCCGGCAGCUGGGCUUCGCCAAGCCCCGGCCGCAGCCCCACGAGCGAGCCCUGCUCGUGGCCUUCUCCCGCACCCAGAGGAAGGAGAACCUCUUCAAGGAGAUCCGGGAUAAGAUCAAGGCCCUGGGCAGCCCCCCCUCCCUGGAGUCCCCCGAUCCCGGGCAGGAGGCGUUCCUGAAGCGGAGGAAGAGGAGGACCACCCUUGCCGCCCGGUCUGGGGGCAGAGGCCAUGGGAAGAAGGCGAAGACUCGCUGCAGCAGGAAGCCCCUGCACGUGAACUUCAAGGAGCUGGGCUGGGAUGACUGGAUAAUCGCCCCCCUGGAUUACGAGGCCUACCACUGCGAGGGGGUCUGCGAUUUCCCGCUGCGCUCCCACCUGGAGCCCACCAACCAUGCCAUAAUCCAGACCCUGAUGAACUCCAUGGACCCCGAGUCCACCCCCCCGAGCUGCUGCGUGCCCUCCAAGCUCAGCCCCAUCAGCAUCCUCUAUAUCGACUCUGGGAACAAUGUGGUUUACAAACAGUAUGAGGACAUGGUCGUGGAGACGUGUGGCUGCAGGUAGCAAUUUCUGCAGCUCUCCCUAUCCCUCCUGGCCUUGCUCAGCAGCCCUGCCCAUUUUAUAUAUAUAUAUAUAUAUAAAUAUAAAUAUAUAUAUAUAUAAAAUAUAUAGAUAUAGAUGUAUACACACAUACACAUUUUGGUGUGUGCCUUUCCAAAAGCCAAGCUCAGAGCAGGUGUCCCCUGUCUCCUCUGGGCCACCCUGACCCCAGGAGGGAUGGGGGGUGCCCCUCUGAGACUGAGGCUGCCACCAUCUCUGUGCCUUGGGAAUGUCUCCUCAGCCUCUGAGCUCUGCCUGAUACACUUGGUUUGCCUAAGUGGAGCUGACAACUUCUUUCCCAGAGGUUUUGGAAAAUGUCGAGCCAAAAUUGUCUUGGUCAGAAUGAUGACCUGGGGUGGGGGGAGGUGGAGUGGGGUCUGCAGCAGAGGGAUCAGGUCAGCAUCACCCUCUGGCUGUGGCAGUGGGAUGGAGGUGAGGAAGGAAUGCUCUUUUCUUUGAGUUAAAGGAGUUUUUCUGUCAGUCUUCAAAUUACUGCCCUGAGUUUCUUAGUGGAAAAAUAAGGGAUCCCUGGGGGAAGGCAGGGGGGGAGAACCUGUGGCUGGCGUGGGUUGUAAUCACUUGGUCCAGGCCUGUUUGCAGUGGGGAGAGGUUUGUGAGUCUGCUGGCAGAGACAGGAAAGAAGGAGAAUCAGAGGCUAAAAGAGUCAGGUCUGGAACAGAGCUUGUGCUCUUAGAAAGAUGGGAGUGGCCCUGGGAGGCUUCAGCUGGAGAUGCCUCCGCUCCACAUGGUCAGAAGCGCUGGCUUUGUUGUCUGUGUCUUGCAGGAGGUACUGGUGGGAGAGUCCCCUCCCUUUGCUGCACAAAACUCUGUUUCAAGGAAUACUGGGAACCCAGCAUCAGGCCUGCAAGUCACACAGCUAUCCUGAACAUGUCUGGAGAGAAACAAAGGUCCCAAGUUCCCUAGGGAAGAGCCAUUUCACUCGGGUUCUUCUCUUUCCAAAUAAUCUCUAUAAAAGCACUAAGCUCCACCCUAUCUUCCUUUGGCAUGGAUUUCCCAGGGAGCUGUGUCCCUCCCUGGAGGGCUGGCUGCUCCCUGCUCCAUUAAGGGAGCUGGAUCCUCCAGGAACAGACCUUUCCCAUGCAGAGGGCUGAGUGCUACCCUCAGGGACUGCUAUAUGAAGUGAGGUGCUUUGACGUGUGCUGAAAGGGCUGCAGGGUUUUAGUAACUCAGGAGCUGAGUAUAAAUUACCUUUAAACCAGAGAAGCUCUUCAUCCAUGUCAGGAUGGAUGCUGGAUCCAUUCUUUGGGUGCUGGCAGGCUUUUCUGCUGCACCUCAGUGGGUUUUGGUACCAAACUUUGGCUUUCUGGGUGGCUUGGCUUAGACCAGAGAUGUAUUUGCACAGAUUUUGUGUUUGAUGGUUUGUUUUUUCUUGUGGCCAGGGUGCUGGUGUGUAAGCAUCAGUGCUUCUUAGCCAUGGUAGUUUGCUUUUGGAGGAGAUAAAUCCCUGCUGGAAAACAUGGGAUUUUUUCCUACGUAAAUCCAGUUGUCCUCCAUGGAAGGAGUGUGGCAUGGGAGGGCUGAGCCUGGCCAGGGCAGAGAGGGGAUUGCCUCAGAGAGCUCUGCUGAGAUCCAAAUGAUUUCAAAGAUCAGAAAAGCCUUGGUGAGGUUCAACAGUCCCUUCCCCCCAAGUGCAUCAGUAGGAAGUAAAUGUGUCCAUUGAAAACAGUGACAAAUCCACUGGGAUAACACCCCCAGCCUCCCUCCAUCCUCUGCUCUGCAUCCUCAGGCUGGGGCAGGUGGCAGCUCAGAGGAUCAGCUGUGGUGCCCAUAAGUCUCAUCUACCCCCUUGGCACUUGCAGAGCUCCUCUGGCUUUACAUCCUUGCAUCCAAAAGGAAAACCCAUCUCCCUGCCUCAGCAUGAAUGUAAAUAUAUGCUAAUGAUGUCUCUGCCUCCAGGGGUCCAGGGGGAUGCUCAGAGAUGGAGGCUGGGGGGAAGAGGAUGGAUCAGGUCCAUGCCAUGGGUUUUCUCCCUGUCAGCAUUUGGGGAGGCUGAGGCUCCUGAGUGCUGAGGAGGGGUCAGCACGAGGGUUUGUGAUUUCCUCUGCCCUUUGGCUUCAGCACAGCUGGCUGGGGAAGGAGGUUGGCACAGCAGUGCUCGAGCUGCCAGAUUCCACAUCAGUUAUAAAGUUACCAAGCUUUGGAAGUACCUAAUUUUUCAAUUGCCUUUGGUUGUUUGAUAGUUUUUCUCACUGCUGAGACAAUUUUUUAAAAUGUUUUUGUUUCCUUUACCCCCUCCCCUUCCUCCAAAUAUUUGUGGUGAAGGUUCAUGGGCAGUUCAAAUCCAAGCAAAAUAUAUACAGCUCCUGGCAGCCCCUGCUGGCUGGUGGCUCUUGUGAGCCUCCACCAAAAAGGUGCCCUGAAACCUGCUCCUGUGGUGCUGUGUCCACGGGGCGGUGAUGCCAGUGACUCCCAGUUCUUGUGGGUAUUUUUUAGCCAGAGUUGCAGGGAACAGACAGCUGUCACCCUCCUCAGGUCUGGAGGUGCUGAUGGAGAGCAGGGUGACAGGUUGGGUCUUGCAGCUCUUCACCCCAAACCCCAUUCUGGGGCAGUGCUUUUGUCCUGAGCCCCAGGAUGGCUUUGCUGGUGCUGGGGACAAAAGCAGUGGCUCAGUUGCUGCAGUUCCAUGGCCUGGGUCACUGGGAUAAACGAGGGGAGGAUUUGGGGGGAGCACAGAGGUCGCUGCUGGCAGCGAUGCUGUCCGUGCUUUCACCCAUUUGGGAACCCAGCCUGGCUCUCCUGGCUCUGGGCACCCCUGAGCAGGAGUGUUUGGUGGGGGAGCAAACUUCAUCCCCCUGAGAGAAGCCCAUCAGUGCUGGGCCUGUGCCAAGUGCCUCCUGUUCCUUUCCUGGGCAAACAACCUCUGGAGGACAAAGGGAGGCAAAGGAUGGAGCUGGAUCCUCUUUCUGCUUCUCUGAGGAGUCAGGGGAGGCAGCUCCCUGCCUGGGGCUGCUCCAGGGGGAUGUGCAUGAGCAGGGCAGGGCUGGAGGAGAGUGGAGCUGGGGGCUUUGGUGGAUAACUGUGCUGCUCCUUGCUCCCAGAGGAGUAUUUCCAGAGUAAAAGCCACCACUGUCCCCUUUAUCCCUGCAUGGCAACUGCAAAGGCUGCCUCUCCAUCCCCAGGCAGAUUUGGAGGUUGCACCAAACAGUGGGAUUAGUCUUGGGCAGCAACCAUCAGAGCCAUUGCAAAUGUGUAGAGUUUUAGGUUAAAUAUUUGGGGAAAAAAGUCAAAGAAAGGGUUGUAAAGCUCUGCCCAAGGAAGCGUAGUCACCAUCCCUGGAAGUGUUCAGAGACUGUGUGGAUAUGGCACUUGAGGAGGCAGUUUAAUGGUGAAUUUGAUGGGGUUGAUGGUAGGACAUGAUCUUUUCCAACCUCAAUGGUUGCACGAUUCUAAAUGGGAGUGGUGGGUGUGGAAUCCUUUCCCAGGCAGGGAGGUUCUCUCAGCUGAGUUGUUGCAGCCCUGCACUGUUGGGGCAACACAGGGAUGUGUCUGUGGAGGACAUGGGGCAGUGAAUCCUGCCUUUGGAGAGAGGCUGGUGGGGACUGGCUGCAGGAUAGUGGUGGCCCAGCCCAGCCCCCAUCCCUGGAGUUGCGUCUCUGAAGAACAUCACGCUCUAAUGCCAAAGGAAAGGCCCAGAAAAAAAGUAUUUCUGAUCAGUUGCCUCCUGCUUGAGCUGAUUUUUGGGCACAUGUAAACUUUAUAAAUAUGAGACUAGAGAUUGAACAUAGACAAAUAUUAAUUCAGCAGUCUCAGAGUGAUUUUAAUGGAUAAUUAUAGGUUCUCAAUCUGCAGUAUUUAUACAACCUUUCCAGUUAAAAAAAACCCAAACAGUUUCCAUGCAGUGCAUAUUCUCCUGGAGGAUUUGUUUGACCUUGAGCACCAUUUUUAUCUGCAGGAUAUAAUUACAGUGAAACUAGAAAUAUUAAGCAUUUUAAAAGGACUGUGUAUCCAUGCUUAACUGGCUCCCUCCUCGCUGACAUGGGAAUGUAAUUGCACAGGAGUAGGGAAGCUUGCAGAGUGAGCUCAUUUGACUUAGAAGCACUGGGAUCUGGGGAAACUUGCCCAUUUGGGACAGGGGCUGAACUGGUGUGUGUGUGUGUGCCUUAUCUGGGGGUUCUCUGAGCUUGUACUGAAGCCACUGCCUUCAGAAACAGUCAGAAGCAAAAUGACUUUAUGCCCUGUUUAACCCUGGUCACCAGGGGUGUUUCUGGCCUAGAAAUACUUCCCAAGAAUUACAGAUUUUAUUAUUUUUUAAAGGAAAAAUUAUUUUUAAUUUUCUUAUAAUAGGGGGCUUUUCUAACCAUGUGUUGCCCCCUUUUUCUUUUUUAAUUUUUUUUUACAUCAUACUUCAAAUCCAAUGAUAGGGAAAUCACUAUCCUCUGGCAGAGAGGAUCCAUAUGGAAAAGGGAUUGAUGUAGCUUCAUCCUGGCACAGCUGCAUUGAUCCCAGUGGCCUCACUUCUGAUCAGCACUGGCAGAUGGAGCCACAUCCUCUUUGCCUGUUGGCUGAUGGUUGGCACACCCAUGAGGAAAAGGCUGCAAAGGCACCAGUUCUGAUUAAAAGCAAACCCCAAGCCUUGAGCCUUCUGCUCAAGUUUGAGUGCCAGUGACUCCUGAGGGUGUUUGCACCCCGUGGGUUUUCACCCAGUCCUUGGCUGCACAGCUCUCACUGACCAGUGAUUUAUCCAUCACACUCCCCUUGCAAAACAAACAGCUCCUUUUGCAGUUUUAAGGAGAAAAACUUGGUGGUAUUUGGGGAGAGUGACCUGUGCUGGCCCCCAUGGAGCAGCAGACACACACACACCCUGCUGCUGGCCGGGAGGAGACAAGACAGGCUGGGGCAUCCCUUGGGAGCCCUGGGAAUCCAGGUCCCAAGGGCUGCAUCUGGGCAAAAGGAGCAGAGCACCUGGGAUGCUGAAGGGCUGCCAUGGCUUUGCUCUCCAGCCUUAACAGGAGUUUUGUCAUGAGCUCCUGCUUGUGGUGAUUUUAUCAACAGCAGUGUUUAUAGUUACAUCAAAACCCACAGAGCCAUGUGAACGUGGCAGAUACAUCAUAAAUACCAGCCCAGCUCAUACUUGUGUUGGGCUAAAACUGCUGGAAAUGCCAUGGUUUCCUGCUGAGCAUGGAAAUCCACGCUGCGUUCUGAAAUCCAAGUGCCUUCUCUUUUGUCUGUGCUGGGGCAGCAGGGCCGUGUGCCAGGGAGGAGAAACCUCUGUGGGGCAAUGGCAGCAGAGCCUGGGCAUUGCACAGGGGCUGUCACCUGCACUGGGGCUGUGUGCCCCACGUCUGUGUGUGACAGGGGAUCAAGGGCUAUCAUGGGCCUGCUUGGGCAGUUCCAUCAAAUCACUUCUUGUGUCCCCUGUGCUGGGUGCAGCUGGGCUUGUGGGCUGAGUUUUUAUCUCUUCACAUCAUGCUCUGGGUAGGUGAGGGGGUGGGAGAACCUGUGUGGGAAGAAGCAAGGUCUUUGAGAGCAGUGUGGCUCUGCUCAUGGCCAGCAGUGGUGUGUGUCCCACUGGCCUCAGAGCAGCUCCCUUGGCAUCAGGGAUCCCUUAUGUGGGGUCAGAAUGGAGAUGCAGGGUGGCAGGAGCAGAGUGUAGCAGUGUCCCCACCGUGGGAGUGUGUUCUCCAUGAAAACACAAUGAAGAAAGGAGCUGGGGAGUGCCUGUUCUGUGGGUGGGGUGCUGCUGAUGGGUGAAUUUGUGUGGGAGGGGGUGAGUUUUUUGUCUUUCCUAUCUUUGAAUUAAUGGCUGGUAAAAGAGUGAGAUGUUCCACCAGGCUGGUGUGUGUGACAAUUCAAUUUUGUCAUAAGCUGGUUUAUGUCUUUCAAGGUAAAACCAGCUGCAUUCAGGCCUUCUAAGCUCUUUGUUCCUAGUACGAGUGUGGUGAGGUACAUAGAGGUGCAAAGAUGUCUCUGAAAAUCACUUACGUCCUACCAGCCAGUGAUCUGGGCCUUCAGAAAAUGACAAAAAAUUUGGAAUUCAUGCUGGUGUAGCCUACUGACCAAGGAACCCAGUCUUAAAGGAUGUUUUGCAUUUUAAAGGAUAUUUUGCAUCUUUGCACCUCAAGACACAAAUAGCCCUGUGUCUCCUUUUCACUUUUACUGACUGCAGUACUCAAACAACCCCUGAAUUUUCCGUGUUGGAGAGGAGCCUGAUAAGGUGGUGGUGGGAAGGAGCACGGGCUGAUGGAUGCACCUUGUUUGACUCUUGGUCAAUGGAUGGAUUAGGGUGGGAAGCUUGGGCAGCAGAGCAUUUGCAUGGAACUGGUAUAAAAAUCUUAAACCAAAGCCUGAUCCAUUCGCAUCCAUUCCAUGGGUGAAACCAGAACUCCACACAUUUUCAAUGUUUUUUCAGCAGGUUUUGCUCUCCAUUUUUCUGUCAUCACCACUUAAUAGUUCAGUCAUACGUUUUUUGAGCUCAUUUUUCUGCUUUGAUACUUGUGCUCAUGCCUUGGGUUUUCAGGACAGGGAGUGUUUUCAGGACUUGCUGUGGUGUUUGGCGGGGGAGGGAAGGCUGAGGCUCAGCAGAGGAGGACGUGGUGCACUCUGUGCCUUGGGGCAGGGGACAGAGAGGGGACAGGUCUGAAGCUGGUGGGACGAGGGGAUCUGCUCACAAUGGGUCACACACUCAAGUGCCUUUCUGAUGCAAGGUGGGGGUGUUUGGGUCUCUCCUCCCCUUCUCUUUGCCACAAUGUCAACCUGUGCUGGUGGCACCUGGUCUCCAUCACCAGAGGAAUGAGACCCAGAGGCUGGGCCAAGCCUGGCCUCCCUGGGAACUGUGACAUUGGUCCCAGUUUUUGGGAAGAUGGCAGCGUUCCCUGUGGUGUUUCCUUCAUUUCCUCCAUCCUGCCUUGGUGACGAGAGGGGAGGAGAACAGUAGGGAAUAAACAGGAGGCAAAGUUUAGGGCUGUUUUGCUCCCAUGCUGGCCAUCCCAGGGAGCUGUGUGCCAGGAACUGCUGAGCACCAAGGGGCUCCCAGGAGCUCAGCCAGCAGCAGCAGUGUGAAACAGCAUCCACAGGCCAGGAAAAGGGAUGGUCACACAGGGAGGGGCCAAGUUUUUCUCCUUGAAGGUGCCAGAGUUAAGUUUCUAUGUAGGAAGUGAUCAGCUGGGAUGGAGCGUUUUGUAGGAGCAGCUCAUCCUGUCCUUGCCCAGGGUGAUCAUCCUGCUUGCAUCCAUCCCACCUGUUGUGAGUGAUGAACCUUUUAAAGAAAGGUCUGAGAUGCUGAAGGUCCAGAGCUCCCACACUUCAGCUUCAGUGCCUUUGCAGUGGAGCUCCCACAGCCUGAGCAGCAGUCAGGGGCUGUGCCCACCUGCAGUCACCAGCUCUGUCUUGCUCUGCAGCUCCCACUGGAAAAGCUGGUGGAGAUGCUGCUCAAAGGAAAUGGACACUCCUCUGUGCAGCACAGACCUGCUCUGCUCCUGGUGCUCCCUGUCCCAGAUGGAGAGGGAGCAAUGUUAAUCCCAGUUUGCCCAGUCCCUUUGCAUCCCAUCACUUGUGUGCUCUGUUUCUGGAGUCAAGUCAACAUUUUCUGGAGUUCCUCUGACAAAAUGAGCCUCUCUGCUGGUCAGUCGUGGUUUUAUUUAUAUGUUCUUUUCAUUGAUUAGAAAGGAAAAUAUAAAAAAAUUAAAAGUUUCGAAUAGCUGUAUUUCUAGUAGUUAU